CUACUCUCAUUUAUCUGAGAUCGCUGCUCUCCCAACCCGGAUGCUGUGUCUUGCCCGGUGCACAGCGAGGGGGCGGCAUUAUUUCCGGACCCUUGAUGCUCAGCUUUCCCUGGUAGGCUGCAGCCUGACCGCCAGGUUCCGCAUCUGAGCUGCCGGGAGGACGCAGGUGGAUCCGAAUUUAUAGCUAUAGUACCUCGGGCUUGGGAGGGUGUAGCAGGUGACUUAUUCGAGGCAUACACACAAUCUCUCUCUCUCUCUCAUACACACACAUCCCCAGCCUGCAGGAUCGUGCCAACCUGCACGCCAGAGGAGACGUAGUGACAGACUGAAGAAGAAAGAAGAGGAGCAUCAGUGCGGAGAGAGAUGGCGGAGUGCGGGCGGAAGGCGCUGUCUCUCCUGGAAGCGGCCCGCUCCCGGUAUGAGAGCCUACAGAUAUCCGACGACGUGUUUGGAGAGUCCGGGGAUGACAGCAGCGACAAUCCCUUCUACAGCACCUCCGGGGACUCCGACUCCGACAACUACAUUGCCGAGGCGGGCGAGGAUGAGCAGCAGCAUCCGCCACAGCAUCACCACCACCACCCAAAGAGGAGCGACAGAGAUUGCGGGCACAGCGGGGGAGCUGGUGGAGGCAGCGGCGGAGCAGGUCCCCCGGGCUCUCUGUCCCGCAGCCAGGCUGAGGAGGAGGGCUGGAUGGAGACGCUGCAGGAUGUCACGGUUCCACCGUACAAAGACACAUACGGCCCUACUCAGAAGAUGCCAGAAGCAGCCACUGCCUUGGAUUUCUUCCAGCUCUUUGUUCCAGACAACUGCAUCCAAAACAUGGUGUCCCAGACUAACAUGUACGCCAAGAAGUUUCAGGAGCGUUUCGGCUCAGAGGAAGGCUGGUGUCCUGUUACGGCACACGAGAUGAAGGCGUUUUUAGGCUUUGUCAUCUCCACCAGUGUGCACCGCUGCGAGUCGGUCCUGAGCAUCUGGAGCUCCGGCUUCUUCAGCAACAGAAGCAUCGCUUUGAAGAUGAGCCAAUCCCGGUUCGAGAAGAUCCUCAAGUACUUUCACAUUGUGGCUUUCCGGCCUUCCCAGGGAAGCAACCAGGGCCUUUACAAGAUCCAGCCUUUCCUGGACUCUCUGCAGCAGGCAUUCAGCUGCACCUUCAGACCCUCACAGACACAGGUUCUUCAUGAGCCGUUGAUAGACGAGGAUCCUGUCUUCAUCACCACCUGUACAGAAAGAGAGCUGAGGAAGAGGAAGAAGAGGAAGUUCAGCCUCUGGGUUCGACAGUGCACCUCCACUGGAUUUAUCUGUCAGAUCUCCGUCCAUCUUAAGGAUGGACAGGGUACAGAUGGUCUGGCCACCCUGAAGAACAAACCUCAGCUCCACAGCCUUGUGGCCAAACAGCUAUGCCAGAACAUCUCAGGCAAGAACGCCAUCAUCUUUACCGGACCGUCCAUCACGAGCCUCAGCCUCUUCUCCAAAUUCAGCAAACAAGAUAUCUACUGCUGUGGUUUGUUGAGCACCAGGAAAAGUGACUGCACAGGUUUACCACAAAGCAUGCUGGUCUGCAGCUCCACACCAGCACAGCGGGGCCAGUCCCGUGUGAUGAUGAAAGGAAGCAUGUCUCUGAUCAGCUGGUACAACAAGGGACACUUCAGGUUCCUCUCCAAUGCAUACUCCCCAACAAAACAAGGUCUGAUCAUUAAGAGGAAAAGUGGUGAAAUCCCAUGUCCCUUGGCUGUUGAGGCAUUUGCAGCUCACCUCAGCUACAUCUGCAAAUACGAUGAUAAGUACAGCAAGUAUUUUAUCUUCCAUAAGCCCAACAAGACCUGGCAGCAGGUGUUCUGGUUAAGCAUCAGCAUCGCCAUCAACAACGCAUACAUCCUCUACAAGAUGUCCGACGCCUACACGGUCAAACGCUACAGCCGAGCGCAGUUUGGAGAGAGACUGGUCAGGGAGCUGCUGGAUCUGGACGACUGCUCUCCCACACAGUGAGAAAGAUGAGGAGGAGGUGGAUGAAGAUUUAAGGAGUAUGUGGAAAAGAAGUAAACAUAAAAGGAAACACAAUCCUUGACGCAUUUAUUUACACUCUGUUGUACAGACUCCUUGGUCUGUGUCAGUGUGAUGAUACCAAAUCAGUGCCAAGGCUUUUUCCCCUUUACCUCUAGUUGUUUUGUUUGUGUUACCCUAUAAAUAUCCACUAAUACACACACACACUUAAUGUUAAGGCUAACCACACAAACUAAAUUUGUCAGCUGAAGCAAAGAUGAAUAACAUAAUUUCACUUUUGUUCCAAAAUGAUGUCAACUAUAGUCUUAUAUCACAUCUAAGAGUGAAAUUAGUUAGUUAGCCUUGAGGUUAUAAAACUACACAUGCAUCAAUAUUAACACUCUGAAAAACUAAUAAUGUCCAAUCCUGGAACAAAACCCUAGAAGCACUGCAUGCAUCAAGACUCUGGAUUGUGAUAAUAUAAAUACAUUUUUUGUUCUGUGUGAAAAUAAUUUCUGCUCCAGGUGAGCUUUGAAAAGUUGUGUAUGUGUUUAGUAAACGGAACUGCCACUCGUGUGUGUGUGUGUGUGUGUGUGCGCGUGCGUGCGUGCGUGUGUGUGUGUGUGUCUGUGUGUUUGUGUGUGUGAGUGUGUGUGAGAGAGAGACAUUGAGCCUGAGGAUGUAAAUGUAUGGCACUUGUGACCCAAAUGUGUCGUGUUGUUGCACACUGUGCUUGCUGCCGGACAAAUGUCGGUGAAGACAAAGCCACACACAGCAGUGUGUGGCGCCAAGUCCCUUACGUUUUUUCAUAACAUGCCUCAAAUCUCCAGCCUCGGCCCCCCAAGCAGAGGUUUAUUUGGUCAUUAACGACAGGACCGGUAAAUAAUGAUAAAUUUAAAAAAUGCUGUAAAAGUAUCUAAACCUCGUAAGUAAAACCAUUGGUUAUUUGACUAAAUGCUAUAGAAGCAGUUAUAAUUGAGUAAUUUUACAUGUUUGCUAGCAAUAUGUAUCACUAUAUAUUUUUUGAAAAUGUUCUUGUUAUUGUACCACACUGCUGCCUGUGGCUUGGCAAAAGGCACCUUUGCAUUGCUUCACUAGGUGAUCACAUCUUCAUGCUGGAACAUUUUUUUCUUUUUUAGAUUUUACGUGAAAAGUUCUGGUGUGUGGUCGCGGUAUCCGCAUGGUUUUGAUGUGUGAUUACCUAAAACAGUGACACGAUGGAAUUUUGUGAGGCAGGACUCAUGCACUUUUCUCCCCUCCAUCAUAGUCUUGCACUUUGAAAUCUGUAAAAUUUGUAUGAACUGUUUCCUUUUAGUUUUGACUGAAAGUAAAUGAUUAUACAUUGCUCUUUUAGGUCAAAACUAUAAAAAAUACUAGAGAAAUGAGAUGACUAAUUUUAUGUAAAAACACAAUAAGUAGAACUCUUAACAUCAAAAGAAUUUCCAGUGUACCGUUAGGGAGCAAGUACGUGUGUAUAUUUUGGUUUUAACUUACUGUGAAUAUGUUGAUAAGGACUAAGUCACUGAGACUUAAGAUUGUGAUUUUUUUUCUUUUCAUUUUUCUCACUAUAAUCCAAAUCAUUAAUGUGUGUGUAAACCACUGAAUGUCUAAACAAUGUCCACUAUCAACGAACUCUGUUUAUCUCACAUAUAUGUCACGUAUUUGUUAACUCAUGAUUUUAAUACAAUGUUUGAUAUCA